UGUAGUUUGUUUAAUCUCCACAGCCGCUAAAACCACCAACACCACCCUUUCACCGCCGCAGCCGAAAACAUCGCUGGGUCACGCGCACGAGAGAGAGCGUGACAGUUCCCUCGAAAGUCCCCCCAACAAAACAUUUCUUACCAAACUGAAGAAAGUAACAAAAAUCCAUUUGCUUUCUCUCUCUAGAAACAAGUCUCAAAGUUUUCUCUCUCUAGAAAUAGUUUUCAGCAAUGGAGAGACCUCAAGAGAACCAUAGCGCAAUUCUAGUUUCUUCCCCUGAUAACCGUAGCGCCAAUAGUUCGAGCAGCACCGUGAGCGGCAAUGGCCCGGCGAUUCUAUCGCCGCCGGCGGCGGCGGCGGUUCAGCAGCCACCUCAAGCGGCGCCGGUAUUGCCCGUGACCAGAUCCGAACCGAAUAAUCUGUACCCGACUACCUUCGUCCAAGCUGACACCUCCUCCUUCAAGCAAGUAGUCCAAAUGCUCACCGGGCUCUCCGAGACUGCUAAGCAGGCGGCUUUGACUAAGCCCGAACCCGCCCGGAACCCGAUCCCGCCCAUCAAAACCGGGCCGAGGAAGGAGAAAUCCGCUUCCAAGCUGUAUGAGAGGAGAAACAGUCUGAAGAAUUUCAAAAUCAGCCCGUUGGGUGCCGGAUUAGCGAACAAACCUGGGUUUGGAGGCGGGUUCUCGGGUUCGCCCCGAUUCGGAACGCCGGAGAUUCUGUCGCCGAGCAUACUCGAUUUUCCUUCGCUGGUGCUGAGCCCGGUAACUCCACUGAUACCCGACCCGUUUAACAGGUCCCCGCACAGCACGGUGAGCGCUGACAAUUUGAACAUGGAAGCUGAAGAGAAGGCAAUAGCAAAAAAGGGGUUUUAUUUGCACCCGUCCCCGGCGAACACUCCGAGGGAUGCGGAGCCCCGACUCCUGCCUUUAUUUCCGGUCACCUCACCUAGAGUCUCAGGAGGGGUGGGGAUGCCAAAUGAAUAGAGACAGUGGGAGUGGGACUGGUGAUGAUGAAAGGCGUGGAAAAAGAAAAAGGUGUGAGUUGAAAUUAUGGGGUGAGGAAAGGCAAGGUAGAAGUCACGACGAUUGGGUUUUACAAAUCAUCCUUCUCGAUCACACAAGACUCUCAUGCCGUACAACCAAGGGAAGUCACCUUAAGCAUACCAUGAUCACGAGGACACAUGUAGAACGAGUGUUCUUGACUCGUUCCGGUUUUUCUUAAACGUGUUUUCUGCUUUGGUCUAGCGAAGUUUUUGAAAGAACUCGAGGGUGUGUGUUAGAUCGGGUGAAAAUUUUUCCAGAUCGGACCGUGGUCAUGAACUUGGAGAGACAGGGUGUAACUGUUUGUCUUUUGCAUGGUCUGAAUGUGAUUGUGUUUGCUUCUUUUGUUAGGAUCUGUGGACUUUGUGUCCCAAUGGUUGGUGAGUCAUUGAUGGCGAGUUUGAGUGUUACAUGUGCUCUGUUUGGCCACACCAUUUCACUUUUCCAAUCAUCGGGUGUCCAUCUUCUAGAUAGGGUCCUGUUUCAACUUUCUACAGUUGUGCUGCUGUAACAUUCAAUCCGCCAUUGUUGACCAUCCAUCUUCUUUAAUUUCUCUUCUCAUCUUUGCUUCCGUUUCACACUCUUUGUGAUAAUUAAUGCACAUCUCAUAAAUCUCAUUGA